AUGGAGCGCGUGCUGCUGAUCUCCAUGGGAUCCCGGGGUGACAUGGAGCCCUUCCUGGCGCUCGGGGAGGAGCUUAAGCCGAGGAACUGUGACGUGGCUUUCUGCAUGCCGGCGCAGUUUCAGAGUUUGGCUGCAGAAGUCAGCGAGACUUUCUACGCCAUGGACAAGGCUUUUCUUGAGCUUGUGGAGAACGACGACGUGAAGCGCAUCAUUGCCCAGGUAGGUUCAGCGUGGUCGCGGCUGCGGACGAUGAUCAGGUUGAUGUGGGAAACGAAACCGUUGCAGCAACAGCUUAUCCGAGACCAGAAGGUGGCGGUGGACCAGUUUCGCCCCGACUUGAUCAUCCUCCAUCCAAAGUGCAUCUACCCCAUCAUUGCCGCCCUGGAGUACGGGCAGCGCAUUAAGAUGCUGUGUCCUGUGCCCUGCAUGCUUCACACCGUGGACUCGGAACCCAACAUCGGCUUUGGCGACCCGGGAUCCCCCUGGUGGAACCGCAUGACCUACUACAUUGCCAACAAGGUCUACAUCAACAAGAGCAUCUUAAGCUACGCAGGCCCUCUGGUGAAGGCAGAAUUCGGUUUCCAGGAGUUGAACUCCAGCCGCCUCUACUCCUUCAUGCUGGAGGAGAUGCCAGUGGAGUACGCCAUCAGCGAGCGACUCUUUCCCAGGCCUGACAGCUGGCCGGCGCAUGCGGUGAUCUCAGAAUUCCGGGAGCGAAACAAGGCAAAACACUGGACGCCACCUGCGGAGCUUUUGCAGUUUCUCUCAGACCAUCCGGAGCCGCUCUACGUGGGCUUCGGCAGCAUGGUGAACGACCAGCCCGAGCGAGUUGGCAAAAUCAUUUUGGAUGUGACUGCUGAGUUGGAUUUACCAGUGCUCCUGAACACUGGAUGGGGAGGAGGCAUUCAAGUGGCUGAUGCGCAGCUUCCUCCACAAGCAUUUCUCGUCAGCGACAUUCCCUUCGACUGGCUCUUUUCACGGGUCCGUGCGGUCGUGCACCAUGGCGGAUCUGGCACUACGCACAGUGCUCUUCGCUUUGACAGGCCGCAACUCAUCAUCCCUCACAUUGCCGACCAGUUUCUGUGGAUGCGACUGGUGAACA